GCGGGAGCGAAAGAGAGAGUGGGAGCGACAGAGAGAGUGAGAGCGACAGAGAGAGAGAGAGAGCAACAGAGAGAGAGAGAGAGACAGAGGGAGAGAGAGAGAGAGGUGAGUGGUGUCGACGGCACCGCGGGGAGGGCGAUGGCGGCGAACAGCUCGGGGCUGGCCCCGAACGAUCCGCUGCCCCACUGCAAGGACCACGACGCCAUCCACCGGCUCCACCUGGUCUGGUAUGGCGGGGUGCUGGCCUUGGCCCUCCCACUCAACCUGGUGGCCCUCGGCAUCUUCCUUGGCGCCUACCGCCUGCGCACGGUGGUGACCGUCUACAUGGCCAACCUGGCGGCCUGCGACCUGCUCUUCACCCUGGCCCUGCCUCUCCGCCUGCAGUACUACGCCACCCACGCCUGGGCGAUGGGCGACCUCCUCUGCCAAGUUGCCGGCUCCCUCUUCCAGAUCAACCUCUAUGGCAGCUGCCUCUUCCUGGCCUGCAUCAACGUGGACCGGUUCCUGGCCCUUGCCUACCCGCUGCGGGCCCGGGGCCUACGGCGCCCCCAGGUGGCUUGGAGGGUGUGCGGCGGGGUCUGGGCCCUCAUCGUGCUGGGGUCGGCCCCCGUGGCGCUGGCACACGACACCAGCCAGUGCCAGGGGCCCAACGGGACCCUGGAGUCCCGCUGUUUCGAGAGCUUUUCCCAGCGGGCUUGGAGGGAGGAGCUGCUGCCCCUCUUGGCGCUGGCCGAGGUCCUGGGCUUCCUCCUGCCCUUGGGCGCUGUGGUGUGCUGCUCGGUCCUUACGCUGAGCGCGCUGCUGCGGCGUAUACGGGCAGGAGGAGGACCUGCCCUGCGCCGGCGCAAGACGGUCAACCUCCUGGUGGUCAGCGCCACCAUCUUUGUGCUCUGCUUCGCCCCCUACAACGUGGCGCUGGCCGCCUAUGGGCUGUGCAAGGCUGGGGUCGUGGGCUCGGGGCCUGAGUCCAGGGACCGUCUGCGCCUCGCCCUCCAGCUCACGGUACUGCUGGCCUCUGCCAACUGCUGCCUCGACCCGCUGGUCUACUACUUCAGCACCGAGGGCUUCCGCCGCACUUUCCGCACCGGAAGGGCUGAGUCCUGGGGGAUGACCCUCCGGUCCGGGGGCAGGGGGACGGGGACGGGGAGGGGGCAGGGGGCGCUGGUCCUGGCCCCCGAGGGACGGCCCCACGGGCGCGGGGAAGCGGGGAGGAGGUCCGGCGGCGGGGGGAGGGAGAGCGUGGUCUGA